AUGGACAGUCCAUGGGUAAAGAUAAUAUUUGUCGUAGGUAAUAACAGUUUUUCUUGUAGUGUUUGUUUGCUUCGAGUGUUUUUUAAGUUGCAACCAAAACUCGUUCUUGUUGGAGUUGAAGAUGCAGAGAUUUGUGGCUAUGACGAACGAAGAGUUAAAGGUUUCAAUAGUGUUAAUGGUAUUAUAUGUCUUUGUCGACAAAAUUCAUUGAACCUCCAAAUUGUAUUAUGGAACCCAACUACUGCCGAGUUCUUUGUCAUUCCUCCUAGCCUUGAAAAGUGUGUACCAUGUUACCAGUGCCCUUAUCUUGAUUUUCUUGGAUUUGGUUAUGACUAUAUAAGAGAUGACUAUAAAGUCAUUCAAUAUAUAAGGUUUCUUCCCAUCACUAACGGAGAAGAAGAUGUGUCAUUGAAAGAAAGAUCGAUUGACUACGAGUUGAAGAUUUAUAGUGUUAAUAGUAACUCUUGGAGGAUACUUGAUAUUGAUGUGCCUUAUCUCCCUAAUGAUGAAUUCGUCUGGGGUGUCGAAGUGCACAUUAAUGGAAUGUGUCAUUGGUGGGGUGAAACAUAUUCAUAUUUGGAAGAAUGUUUGGUAUCAUUUGACUUGAUCAACGAGACGUUGGUUAUAACACCUGCUUCGUUAGAUAUGUAUGAAGGUUGUGAAGUUGGAUACAUGGUGAGACAUUUGGUGGUGUUAAAUGAGUCAAUUUCUUUGAUCUCAAAUUGUCCUAAUACCACUACCUUUUACAUUUCAAUUUUGGGUGCACUUGGCAUGGAGAAAUCAUGGAUUAAACUCUUCAACAUUGGGUCCAUACCUUUCAUUGAUUCUCCCAUUGGAGUUGGAAAGAAAGGCAACAUUUGCUUCAAAAAAUAUGAUGGUGAGCUAGUCUGGAUUGAUUUAAGCACCCAUACAAUUGAUGAAAUUGGUGUUAAUGGAAGGAGAUGGGAUUGUAAGAUAGGAGUUUACAAGAAAAAUCUUUUUCCAAUUGGAGUAAUUAAUAAUUAG